CUCCACACAGAAAGGCCCUUGCUGGCCACGGGGCUCGAACCUGGACCUUCUUGCUGUGAGGCACAGCGCUAACCACUACACCACCUGUUAUAAUCACUUAUUUAGAAAUUUUACAUUUUUAAAAACUAAAUGGCCUUUAAUCCCAUUCUCAGUUUGAUUUUGAAAAUAAUUUUAGGUCCAGGGAGGAGGAUUAUUGUUGUCGUGACCAGAAAAGGCAGUCACCCUAGAUGUUGCCAGUUCCACUGAGCCUUGCCAGAGUGCAAAGGCUCAUGGGACUGUUAAUAUUUAAGCUUAGAGAGUAUUAGGGGCUAAAUAGCAAUGGGCCACCUUGACCAAGACUCCUGCAGUAAUUGAUCACCUCUGGCCAGUAUUUCUGACGGACAUGCAUCUUGGAGACAUGCAUCUCCUUGAACCAUGUUAUGUACAGACCACAGGAUAUCACGAGAAGUCAACCAGUCCCUAUCCCAGUCCACCGUCCCUCCCUGCCUGAAGUCCUCUCGAUAGUUCCACUGCCAAAAACAGACCAUCAGCAGCAGCCUGAAUGACCACUGUCCAGUGGCACUUACUGCUGUCAUCAUGAAGUGCUUUGAGAAACUGGUCCGGACUCAUCAUUGCAAGCUUCCCACCCAUGUUAGACAGACACCAGCAUGUUUGCAAAGCUAACAGGUCCAGAGGAUGCCAUAACCACAACUUUCCACACUGCCCUUACUCACCUUGAGCAACAGGAGAGCUAUGUUGGGCUGCUCUUUGUGAACUUUACCUCAGCAUUCAACACCAUUCUCCCUCACAGACUUGUGUCCAAGCUGACAGACCUGGGACUGUCUCAAUCCAUCUGCCUUUGGAUAAAGGACUUCCUGUCUGAUUGCUCCCAAAGGGUGAGAGUAGACCCCCCCCACAUCUCAGCCUUAGCACUGGCUUCCCACAGGGCUGUGUGCUGAGCCUCCUACUCUUCACCCUCUUCACUUACGACUGCAUCCCGCUCACUCCAGUAAUGACAUUUGUCAAAUUUGCAGAUGAUACUACCAUAGUGGGGCUCAUCUCUGGGGGGGGAAGGAGUCUGCUUAUCAGGAUGAGGUGGACCAGCUGUCUGGGUGGUGCAGAGACAACAACCUGGUCCUCAACACUACCAAAGCCAAGGAGCUGCUCAUAGAUUUCAGGAAAAAGAAAACGGACAUUCAGCCUAUUCUCAUCAGUGGGGAAUGUGUAGAGAGGAUCUUGGACUUCCGGUUCCUGGGGGUGCACAUGGAGGAGGACCUGACCUGGAGCACCAACACCACACAAGUGAUAAAUAAGGCACAGCAAAGACUUCCUGAGGACCCUCAGGAAGAACCACCUCACUCAAAAACUGCUUGUGUCCUUCUACCAUUGCUCCACAGAGAGCAUACUUACAUACUGCAUCAGUGUGUGGUUUGCUAGCUGCAUAGCAGCAGAGAGGAAAGUGCUCCAGAAGGUCAUCACCACCGCCCAGAUAAUCAUCGGAUGCCCUGUCCCCUGCCUGGAAGAGCUUUACAGUUCCUGCUGCCUCAAAAGAACCCAGGGUAUAUUAAAAGAUCUGUCCCACCCCAGAUAUUCUCUCUUUGAACUGAUGCCCUUGGGCAGACAGUUCAGGUCAAUUAAGAGAUGGACAAAUAGACCUCUUGCACAUGACGUCACACAUCCCAUGAUAAUUUCACCUGGGGGUCAGCCAGGCACCAUCUUUUGUGUAAGUAAGGCUUAACCUGUCUUCAAAAUGGUUAAUUUUUGUGCUGUUUUUAGGGCCUGAGCACUGAGGUGCACUGUAGGUGCAAAGCCCUAUUGUUUUCGGCAUGUUGUUUUUUUUCUUCUAAUUAUUUUUUUCUCUGCAGGAAAACUUGUUUUUGAGGCACUUGCGAUGCUUAAACUCAUGAAUUUUGGCACACUGAUCAAAUGUGCAUAAGAUCACAAAGUUACACUGAGCAAGGGACUGGGUGUGGUCUCAAAGCUCUGUAGUGCCCCCAAGAACAAGCUAUGGUUGAGAUGAAGUUGCUCAGAUCGGCAGGAGAUUUGGUGUGAUCGAUACUCUUGUGGUAAAGGACAAAUUUCACUUGGUUGUAUAUGACUCUGCCCAACAGGAAGUCAGCCAUGCUGGAUGGAAUGAGGGAUUUUGAAAUGUUCCGGCACUGUUCUGAGGGGCUUACAAUGGCCAAAAACUCAUGGAAUUUUGCACGUUUGUCCUGUGAUACAAUUUGAGGUGAUAUUGAAAAUUCGUGUAGGUGGGUUUCAUUAACUCCAUAGUGCCACCUAGUUAAAAAAGAUAGAAUUGACACUAGGGCUGAAACGAUUAUUCAAGUAACUCAAAUAAUUCGAUUACAAAAAAUGUUCGAGGCAAAUUCUUUGCCUCGAGGCUUCGUUUAAUUCAUGUCACCAAAGUCCGUCUAUUUUAAAUGUCUCUGCUAUCGUAUUACUCCUGCUUUGUAGACGACUGUGCAGCUCCGGUAUCAUUGUUUCACACAGACUGUAAUAAUUGACGCGCAUUUCAAAGAUUUAAGGCGGCACGAUUUAAUUUGCUCUCUGGCAGUGGCGGAAAACGAAGAUACCGGUGUGCGUAAAAGGCAGAAAAUUUCUAAAGUGUGGGACCAUUUUACGCUUCGUAAGGCGUACAACGUAGUGCAGUGUAUACACUGUAAAACGGACCUGGCCUACCAUAAUAGUACUUCGUCACUGCUGCAGCACCUGAACCGAAAGCAUCCUCAUAUGAACUGCACUUCUCCAAGCGGACUGGGAGCCUCUACAAGUACAUCACAACAGCGCAUGGACAGCUUCGUUCAUUCAGGCCCCUCAUGCACUGUGGAAGAAGCUGCAGUUUUUACCAACAGCAUUUUAAAUAUGCUCAUCACAGACAUGCGCCCACUGUCCAUGGUGGAGGACACAGGAUUUAAGAAUAUGAUCAAAGCUUUCAAUCCCAAAUACACCUCAAGAACAUAUUUCACAAAUAUGAUGGAGCAAAAGUACUCAGAAAUAACAUACAUUAAAGAGUGUUCUUCAGGAGACAGACUGUGUUGCACUGACAACAGACGUUUGGACGAGUGUGGCCACAGAGGCUUAUCUGGGGGUCACAUGUCAUUUUUGGGAGAUGAUUGGGAAAUGAAGUCCCUCUCCCUUACUACAAUGCCUCUAGAGGAGAGGCAUACAGCCACAAACAUUGCAGAUUGGCUGGAGGAGGCUGCUACCAAAUUUCACAUUCCUUUUGAAAAGGUGAAGGCAGUUGUCCAUGACAAUGGGGCCAAUGUAGUUGCAGCUGCUAGAAUUCUGAAAGAGAGACAUGGAUGGGCCUCUGUUAGAUGUGCAGGGCACACACUGAAUUUGGUUGUGCAGAAUACACUGAAAAAUAACAAAACCAUCUCAAGUUGUGUGGCCUCUGCAAGAUGCCUGGUGGAGCACUUUAAAAAGAGUGAACUGGCCUGCACAAAACUUAAAGAAAAGCAGCAGCAAAUGGGAGUGCAACAGCACAUGUUGGUACAGGAUGUCAGUACUCGGUGGAACAGUACACUUCAUAUGCUAUCCAGGCUCCAUGAACAGAGAUGGCCAGUGGCUGCAGCUCUUUCCGAUCCUGCGGUCAACCCACGGGGAAAGCAUCACUAUUUGGAUCUGAAGCCGGAGCAGGGGAUCUUGACUGAAGAACUGACUCAGAUUCUUGAACCUUUUGAGGGGACUACAGUGUUCCUGAGUGGGGAACAGUAUGUGACCCUGUCUGCGCUUCCUCAGCUGGUACAGACCCUCAAGAAAUCCACCCUGAGUUCAGCUUUUGAAACUGCACCAGUGAGGGCAUUUCAAGUCAAGUUUAUUUGUAUAGUGCUUUUAACAAUAAGCAUUGUCGCAAAGCAGCUUUACAGAAUUUGAACGACUUAAAACAUGAGCUAAUUUUGUCCCUAAUCUAUCCCCAAUGAGCAAGCCUGUGGCGACGGUGGCAAGGAAAACUCCCUCAAACGACAUGAGGAAGAAACCUCAAGAGGAACCAGACUCAAAAAGGAACCCAUCCUUAUUUGGGCAACAACAGACAGCAUGACUAUAACAUUAACAGUUUUAACAUGAAGACAGUUUUGUUGAUGAUGUAACUCUUCAUUGAUGGAAAUUUGAGUGCAAAACUGUUCAUGACGACUGCAGUCCUAAAGUUAGCAAGUCAACUGCAGUCCUCAGCCAUAAAAGCAUGACUGUAAGAGUCCAGAGCGUCCUCCAGGUGUGACUUUCAACUGUCCUCAUGGGGCCGUCCUCCACAGGAGCGAUGCGAUAAAACUCCAACCAGACACAGGGCACCAGGAUGGAUCAAGCAGGUCUGGGGGCAGAAGAGGUCAGCAUCUCAAUCUCAGGACCAACAUGUAACUCAGAGGGACAGAUGGGGGGGAGAGAAAACACAGGUUGUUAGGUAUGCCCUAAAAAUGACACAAGUAUUAAGUCUGUGUGGUAGGCUCGCAGAGACGAGAGUCUUGACAUCAGGCAUAAUACUGGCAUGUUAAUAUGGUUAAAAAAUAUCAUGACCUGCUCUGGCUGGAUGCUUGAUUGGGUGAUGGGAGCACACUCCUCAGCAGUGAUGGGAUGCAGAUGGGACCCUUAGCAGUCUUUCCGCUAUGUACAAUUGGCUGCGGCGGGCCGCCGCACCUUGAUUUUUGCCGCUGCACCUUCAGGCAUUGAAUGCGCAUUUCGACCACACAAGGCGGUAGUGCCGUAAGUGGCAGCGCUGCUAACAGUAGAAGAAGUGAACACACACAUGGACGAAGACGGUGAAGAGGAAAUAUUUUCGCCCCCAGCCAAAUUCAAGGCACGGAUUUGGGAGCAUUUUGGAUUUACAAAACAACAGGUAAAGGCGGACCUGGACAUGACACACGCAGUAUGCAAACACUGCCGAAUGAAAGUUAAGUACUGUGGCAAUACUACAAAUCUGCACCUCCACAUGACCCGACAUCACGCUAGCAUUUCGCAAGUAAAGAAUGCUAGUGGUAGCACAACAACACAAGCAAAUCUGACGGCGGGGUUUCAGACAAAAUUUCCCCCAACAUCACCAAAGGCUCAAAAAAUCACUGCAGCACUAUUAUCCUACAUAUGCAAAGACUUGCGUCCGUACAGCUCAGUUGAAAACGAAGGCUUCCGAGAACUAAUUGAGGAAUGUGAACCACGCUACACUACAGCCUUGUUAAGGCCAUGUUUUAAGUUUACUUUUAUCAAAGCCAUCUUUUUUUGCACUACAGCCUUGUUAAGGCCAUGUUGUAAGUUUACUUUUUAUAAAGGCAGCUUUAUUUCUGCACUACAGCCUUGUUAAGGUCAUGUUUUACAUGCACUACAGUGUAACUGUUGCUCUACAGCAAAAUAAAAAAUAACAUUUGGGUAUACAUAUGUCUGUUUUCUUAAAAAUGUAUGUUCAGUAAUGUGAAAUAUCGGGAUACGUAUCGCCUUGAAGACCAUGUAUUGGGAUGCACAUGUAUCGCAAUACGUAUCGUGACCCCUGUAUCGUGAUGUGUAUCAUAUCGCGAGGUUGUUGGCAAUACCCACCCCUAGUUUCCUCCGGAUGCUCCGGUUUCCCCCAUAA